AAGAUUUUCAUUUUAUUGUCAGAAAAACCGGUGACGUCGAGUAAAUUUUAAUUUUGUUAGAAUUUAAUGUAAAGUCGUUGAGAAAACCAAUACAAAUAAUUUUCAUAUAAUUAAAUUUUCAUAAACCCACCGUCAAGUAAUAAGCAUUACCUUGAAUUUUUCAGAUUAAGUUCAUUGCAAAAUGCCCAAAAACAAGAAAGAGUCUUCUUCGAGUGACAGUGAUGAAGGACCAGUGGAUCGCAACCCAGUCCCAAGUAAAAAGGCAAAAAUGGGCAAAUCUGAUGAUAGUAAGACCAGCUCUAGGACUGAUGAUAAAGAGCCAACAUGGGUAUUAGCAGGAACCAAGCUAGUUAAAGUCCGUGAAUUUAAGGGUAAAUGUUAUGUGGAUAUCAGGGAAUUCUACGAAAAGAAUGGCCAACUUUUACCGGGUAAAAAAGGAAUCAGUCUUAAUCCAGAACAGUGGAGGAAGCUAUUGUCUAUAGGAGAUGAAGUAAAUGAGGCAGUCUCAUCAAUGUGUUGAUUUGUUUUUGUUACCUUUCUUAAUGUUCCUUUAUUAAAAACUUAAAAUUAA